AUGUUGACCCUUGCAAUUGGCGACUUGUUCAUCCCUGAAAGAGCUAUAGAUAUCCCUCAGAAGUUCAAAAAGCUAUUGGCUCCCAAUCCACAAAGCAUACCCACAAAUAACAAAAUCAAUCGCGUUGUAUGUUUGGGCAAUAUUCUUAAUUCAACAUCGACACUACAAUUUCUAAACAAUAUUUCACCAAAGUUUGAGCUUGUGAAAGGUGAAUACGAUGAUGCUAAUAUAAUAUUACACCAGUUGCAAUUGAUUGUGGAUUCGCAGUCAAAGUCACCAUCAAGAGGAGCCAAUUUUGCUGUAAAAGUCCCCGUACAUAGCCGAUUCGUACAUGACAAUUUAAAAAUUGGCUUCACUAGCGGGUCUCAGAUUGUUCCACGAGGUGACCCAUUGGCACUAAGUGCACUUGCAAGAGAGUUGGAUGUGGAUGUGUUGAUAUGGGGUGGAACACACAGAGUGGAGGCUUAUACAUUGGAUGGUAAAUUCUUUGUGAAUCCAGGAAGCGCCACUGGUGCUUUCAGUUUUGAUUGGCCUGAAUUUGAAGAGCAAGAAGAGGAAGAAGAGGAAGAAGAGGAAGAAGAGGAUGAAGAGAAGGUCCCUGAGGAGAAUGUAGAGAAUGCUACCAAAGAUAAUGAGGAAAGUAAAAGCGGGCACGAAGUAGAGACAACUACUACAAAUGAGACCAAUGAGACGAAGGAACCUACAAACUCAAAGGAAGAGGAUAGAGAAGAACCAGAAAGUAGUAACGAACCUAAAGAAAGUAAAGAAGCAGGAGACACUGACACAGAAGCAUUCAAGAAAACACUCUACGAAGUCACGGAGUUAAACACCAAUAUACCCUCAUUCUGUAUACUAGACACAAAGGGGUCCACCUGUAUUCUUUACAUCUACACAUAUUCCAACAACGAAGUCAAAGUCGAUAAAGUUACAUACAACAAAGAAUAA